AAACCUCAUCUCAUCUUCUCCAUCCCUCCUUAAUCACUCCUCUCCCUUCCGCCGCUUCGUCUGCCAUGGACGCCGCCGCCGCCGCCUCCCCCUCCUCCUCCUCCGCCUCGCCGGCCCACGCCCUCACCCUCCUCACCUCCUCCCCCCGCUUCCUCCUCCACCUCCCCACCUGCUCCUCCCCCGCCCGACGACGCCACGCCGCCGCCGGUGGGGCGGCGCUGCUCCUGCGCCCGCCGCGUCGCCGGAGGGGGGCGGAGCAGUGGGGACACCGGGCUCGCCGCGCGCCGAGCUGCCUGCUCACUGGAGGCGGCGGUGGGUCGGUGGAGGCGGAGGGCGCGCUGGUUGGCUCGGUGGUUGCCGCGGCCGGGGAUCCUCCGGAGGUUUUACAGGAACAUGACAAAAGCAUUGUAAAUAAGGUCCUUGGAACACCAACAGACCUGGUAGAUGACAGUAAUUACUCAGCUCGAAGAACUCAUGAAAAUGUCUUUUCAGAGCCAUCUGUUUCUGGAAGAAUGACUGUGGAUAGAAUGGGUUGUCAGGCUGGUGUUUUUUCUGGUGUAGAUACUGUAAAUAAUACAACACAGAUGGGUUCUGUAAUUAGUACUUACAAGUCGUUAGACACAUUUGAAGGUGUUUAUGGACCAGCAAACACAAGCUCUAUAGAAAUGGUCCAGCAUAUUCCCCCAAGAUCGUGUUCUGUGUCUGAAGGACAACAUCAACGGAGGCAUUCUUCUAACAGAAGGGCCCAGCCAGGUGGACUGCCUUAUCAGUUCUUAUCGCUUUCAAAACAGGAGGAGCCUCAAAAUGGCCAAGGUCCUGAUAAUAAAACAGAUAGCAAGGAUGCCAAUUGCCAUCAAAGUGAUCAAGAAGAAUAUGUUGAUUUUACUUCUCUUUCUUCCUUCAAAAGAAUCAAGGAACAUCCUCUGAAUUUUGUUCCUGAAGCCCAUGCUACCAAUCUGAUGGAACCCAGAAAAGCAUCAGAGUUUCCAGGGGGCUCAUAUUUGACAGCAGGGCGGUUGGUUCCAGUUGCAUGCUUAAAGGAUGGUCCUGUGAGUAAACAAAAGAAAGCAGUGAAUGGUCAUGAUGAUGCAAAAUUAAUUGGCUGGAGUAUUUCGAAUUUACUGAACAAGGAGAACCCAGAGAAUUCUACUUCAGCAAAUAGAGUUGGAUUGAGUGGAACAAAGGAUGUUUCUGAUUACUUGAGGAGAUACAAUAGCUUGUUAAUUGAUGGAAGAUUAAAAGAUGCCGUGGAUCUAUUGGAAAGUGUGGAGCAGAAGGGAUUGCUUGAUAUGAAUAAGAUCCACCAUGCUAGCUUUCUGAAUGCUUGUAAGAAGCAAAGGGCUGUUAUGGAAGCUGUUCACUUUUGCAGGUUGAUCAAUAACCCAAAAAUGAGCACCUUCAAUAUGCUUUUAUCUGUGUGCGCUAAUUCGCAAGAUUUUGAUGGUGCUCUCCAAGUUAUGGUGCUCCUAAAGGAAGCUGGGCUAAAACCUGAUUGUAAACUUUAUACAACACUUAUAUCGACUUGUGCCAAGUGUGGAAAAGUUGAUGCUAUGUUUGAGGUCUUCCAUGAGAUGGUCAGUGCUGGAAUAGAGCCAAAUGUUAACACAUAUAGUGCACUAAUUGAUGGCUGUGCUAAAGCUGGUCAAGUGGCAAAAGCAUUUGGUGCUUAUGGUAUCAUGAGUUCAAAGAAGGUGAAGCCAGAUCGAGUUGUCUUCAAUGCUUUAAUCAGUGCAUGCGGUGAAUCUGGAGCGGUUGCUCGAGCUUUUGAUGUUCUAUCGGAAAUGACAGCAGAAGCCUCUGAAUCUAAAGGAUCCAAACCCAUUCUUCCUGAUCAUGUCACAGUUGGAGCUCUGAUGAAGACCUGUAUUCAGGCUGGCCAGGCUGAUCGAGCUCGUGAGGUAUACAAAAUGCUUCAGGAGUACAAUAUAAAGGGUACUCCAGAAGUUUACACAAUUGCAUUGAGAAGCUGUAGCUUGACUGGUGAUUUAGGAUUUGCGCUGAAGAUCUAUGAAGAUAUGAAUAAGAUUGAAGUACAACCUGAUGAGAUGUUUCUGAGUGCUCUAGUUGAUGUAGCCGGUCAUGCUAUGAGGGCUGAUGCUGCCUUUGAGAUAAUGAAAGAUGCAAGAGCGAAGGGAUAUCAAGUUGGAACCAUUGCAUACAGUUCGUUAAUGGGUGCUUGCUGCAAUGCCAAGGACUGGAAAAAGGCACUGCAGCUAUUUGAGGAGAUCAAGUUGAUCAAACUUAUGCCAACCGUUUCAAUGAUGAAUGCUUUGAUCACCUCAUUGUGUGAUGGUGAUCAAGUUCCGAAGUCUGUUGAGGUUCUUAAUGAGAUGAAGAGAUUAGGAGUCUGUCCAAAUCAGAUAACCUAUUCGGUCUUAUUUGUGGCUUGUGAAAGGAAUGCUGAAGCACAACUAGGUUUGGAUCUAUUCGAACAAUUAAAAAUGGACGGUAUUGACCUCAAUACCACUAUUGUUGGGUGUCUUACUGGUUUGUGUCUACAAAUGUACGACAAUGAUCUUUCACUUGGCAAUAUCGUUGUCACGUUCAACUUAGGGAAACCGCAAAUUGAGAACAAAUGGACUUCCUCAGCAAUUAAGGUCUACCGUGAUGCCAUUUCCACGGGCCAAUUACCCUCAAGUGAUGUUUUGUCUCAAGUGCUGGGAUGUUUGAGGUUUCCUCAUGACAGUUCAUUAACAAAUACUUUCAUUGAAAAUAUGGGAAUAAGUUGUGAUAUUCCACAUCAUCCCAACGUGAAUUCACUGUUGGAAGGUUUUGGUGAAUACGAUAUUCGUGCUUUUUCAAUACUAGAGGAAGCUGCUUCAUUAGGAGCAGUUGAAAGUAUUUCAAUGAAAGAUGCCCGUAUUCUUAUUGAUGCACGGAAGUCAAAGAUUUACACUGCUGAGGUUUCAGUUCUUACAACACUGAGGUCUUUGAAGCAUCGACUAGCUGCAGGUGCAAGGUUACCCAAUGUGACAAUAUUAUUACCCACGGAAAAGAAACAAGUCGAUCUUGAUGAAAGGGAGAAAACACUCAAACUUGCUGGAAGAGUCGGUCAAGCAGUUGGUGCCCUCCUACGGAGAUUAGGAAUCAAAUAUCACGGCGAGGAGUCUCAUGGAAAAAUGAGGAUCAACGGGCUUACUCUAAAAAGGUGGUUUAACCCAAAAUUCACGAGCACAUCCUCCACUGGAACGCCAGCAGACUUGCUUCCUCUGCCAUCACGAUUAGCCAAAGGAAUUGCUGAUCAGCAGCGCAACAUCAGAAACCUUUCUCUUGAGUAAUCCAUGAUUGGCCUUUCUGGUGGAUUAAAUUUUUGCAUACCAAUAAGCUAAGGGCAAGAGCUAUCCUUCAUCAGCAAUUUUAGAAACCAGCCAGAAAAUAGUUCAGCGUAUAAAAUAUGAAAAUAGUUCCUUGUGCAAAUGAAAUUUAUAUACCAUACAUAGACACCUGCGUGCAUCAGACCGCACAAACGGAUUACAGUAUAUAGAAUAUUCAGCUGCUUUUGCAGAUGCAUUUUUCUUCCA